AGUGAGGAGACUCCCGGAAGCGCAAGAGGCCCCCGGCGCGUAGCUGACCCCGAGCCAGGGAACAAUGUGGCAGGAGGUGGGGGGCCUACUGCGUGCGACCUGUGAACAGCUGGGCCGGACUAUUGGUCUGCCUUGUGGGGCCCUGGGGCCGGGGCCCCGCUGCUGGGGGCCAUGUGGGGAUUCUUGGGCCCAAAAACUUCAUCAGGAUGGGCCUGGCAGGGGCCUGGGUGAGGAGGACAUUCGCAAGGCCCGGGAGGCCCGGAUCAGGAAGACGCCCCGGCCCCAGCUGAGUGACCGUUCUCGAGAACGCAAGGUGCCCGCCUCCCGCAUCAGCCGCUUGGCCAACUUUGGGGGACUGGCUGUGAGCUUGGGGCUGGGAGCACUGGCUGAGGUGGCCAAGAAGUCCCUGCCCAGAGGAGAUAUACAGUCAGAGGGAGGCUCCCAGCCAGGCUCCAGCCUUUUCCUGUCUGAGGCCAACGCUGAAAGGAUCGUGCAGACCUUGUGUACAGUUCGGGGGGCCGCCCUCAAGGUUGGCCAAAUGCUCAGCAUCCAGGACAACAGCUUCAUCAGCCCCCAGCUGCAGCGCAUCUUCGAGCGGGUCCGCCAGAGCGCCGACUUCAUGCCACGCUGGCAGAUGCUGAGAGUUCUCGAAGAGGAGCUCGGCAGGGACUGGCAGGCCAAGGUGGCCUCUCUGGAGGAGGUGCCCUUUGCAGCUGCCUCCAUUGGGCAGGUGCACCAGGGCGUGCUGAGGGACGGCACAGAGGUGGCCGUGAAGAUCCAGUACCCAGGCGUUGCCCAGAGCAUCCAGAGCGACGUCCAAAACCUGCUGGCGGUACUCAAGAUGAGCGUGGCCCUGCCGGAGGGCCUGUUUGCUGAGCAGAGCCUGCAGGCCUUGCAGCGGGAGCUAGCGUGGGAGUGUGACUAUCGUCGUGAGGCGGCCUGUGCCCAGAACUUCAGGCAGCUGUUGGCAGAUGACCCCUUCUUUCGGGUGCCGGCGGUGAUUCAGGAGCUGUGCACGACGCGGGUGCUAGGCAUGGAGCUGGCUGGAGGGGUCCCCCUGGACCAGUGCCAGGGCUUGAGCCAGGACAUCCGGAACCAGAUCUGCUUCCAGCUCCUGAGGCUUUGUCUUCGGGAGCUGUUUGAGUUCCGAUUCAUGCAGACGGACCCCAACUGGGCCAACUUCCUGUAUGAUGCUUCCAGCCACCAGGUGACCUUGCUGGACUUCGGGGCAAGCCGGGAAUUUGGGACCGAAUUCACAGACCAUUACAUUGAGGUGGUGAUGGCUGCAGCCAAUGGAGAUAAAGAUCGGGUCCUGCAGAAAUCGAGAGACCUCAAAUUUCUCACAGGCUUUGAGACCAAGGCAUUCUCGGAUGCCCACGUGGAGGCCGUGAUGAUCCUGGGGGAGCCCUUUGCCACCCAGGGCCCCUACGACUUUGGGGCGGGUGACACUGCCCGCCGCGUGCAGGGCCUCAUCCCUGUGCUGCUGCGGCACCGGCUUCACCCACCACCCGAGGAGACCUAUGCUCUGCACCGAAAGCUUGCCGGGGCUUUCCUGGCCUGUGCCCGCCUCCGUGCCCACAUCGCCUGCCGGGACCUCUUCCAGGACACCUACCACCGCUACUGGGCCAGUCGCCAGGCAUAGCCACAGCCCAUAGCCUCCUAACCAGAGGACCCAUCAGAGAGACUCCAUCUCAGGACUCCAGCCCCAUCGCAGGCCAUCCCCUGCUAUGAGGCCUCUUUUUCUGCCCUGCUCUACGCCUGGGGGCCCACUUUGGGCUUGGGACUAGGACACUCCCAGCUUCAUACGCCCAUGUCCUGCCCUCCCCACUCCAAAGGGAGCAUCCGGGAAUUCUACCCUGGUAUUAAUUUAUUUCUGGAAACAUUUGAGAGUCUUAGACCCCUCUGCACUGCCAUCACGGAGAUGCAGAGGCAGCUAGAGGGGGAGCCCCUCACCUCUGCCUCAGGUCCCCCACAGAUGUCCGUGAAAGAGGAGGGGGUGGUGGAUGGUGGAGGCAGUCCUCACCUUUGCCUUGCUCACCCCUGCACCAGCUGCCUUCUCCCUGGUGGCAUCCUCUCUGUGUGUUUGGGGAGGGCAUGGUGGGGGGUGAAACUUCAGACCUAAUAAAAGUGAC